CAGGUUUUCGUUAACGACAAGAAGUACGCGUGCGAGACGUGCAUCAAGGGGCAUCGAUCCUCAACGUGCAACCACACCGAGCGCCCCCUGUUCGAAAUCAAGAAGAAAGGCCGCCCCAUCACUCAGUGCGAGCAUUGCAGAGAACUUAGGAAGACGAAACAAGUGCAUGUCAAGUGUCUAUGUGAGGGGAGAGACGAUCCCGACGCC